GUCGUGCUCGCGGUUUCGAGAUCGCGCCAUCGUGCGAAAUCAAAACCUAGGCACCGGGAACUGACGCUCAGGAAAGCGAAUUGUCAACUGCGCUGCACAGUAGUGUAUUAACAGCAAACGUGUACGCGACAUGUUGUGACCGUAUAAACCUCUCCCCUACCACCGUGUCGUGCACGAUCAGCCAAACAUGUCUUGCAGAGAAGUUAUUACAUUGCAGCUCGGACACUACGCAAAUUUUGUGGGCUCUCACAUUUGGAAUUUGCAAGAAGCCUGCUUUUCGUACAAGCCAAAUGAUGAAACAAUACCCCUAGAGUUUGCUCACGACAUCUUUUUCCGCGAGGGAAGAAACCCCAAGGGUAAUGUGACGUACACCCCACGUCUCCUCAUCGCUGACUUACGAGGCAGUUUAGGAAACCUCAAAACAACUGGUUGUCUUUAUGACCCUCCGCCAUCAUCAGCCAAUGAAGCAAUUGCCUGGUCUGGUAAAGUCACUAUCCACAAGGCUGAACCAGAGACAAAAGUUCCAAGUGGCUCCAGAGACAAAGAUGUACAACGGUUCCCAGCUGACCAGGACAAAGAUGUUUGCAGAGUGGGCCACACAUCUCAGUUGAACAGGCAGGUGGAAUCCAAGAAGGAGCCAGUACAGCUGUGGUCAGAGUUUCUCGGUGUCCAACUACACCCUCGAACAAUUCACCUGAUCACACGCUAUCUGCACAACAAUCCAGAUGACCCCUUUGACCUGUUCGGGAUAGGAAACCAGUGUGUAGAAGACCACGAGUGGCGGAACAGUUUUAUGGAUGAUGUGCGCUGGUUCGCAGAAGACUGCGAUUCUCUUCAGGCUUUCAACAUUCUCCUUGAUGGCCAUAAUGGUUUUACUGGUUUGACUAGCAGCCUUCUAGAGAUCCUUCACGACGAUUACCCAAACAAGUCCUCUAUCUGUUGGCCUCUGUUCCAACCUCUCUACAACAGCAUCAACGAAGGGCGGGUUGCAGUUGACAUGGCACACCGUCACUUCAACACAGUCAUGUGCUACCACAGCCUCAACAGACUGUCUUCAGCCUUCUGUCCACUGAGUGUAUCUAGCAGCCACUUUCAGCCCUUUCUACGAGAUUUCAAGCAUCUCAAGUUUGCAGGGGACUUGCUUCCCUAUGAUACUAGUGGUGUCCUUGGCCUGGCCUUCGACAAUCUCAUGUGUGCUCUCAAGCUGAAAAGCCAACCUUUGGAAGUGCCUGAGCUCGUUGGCCAGCUCUGCAGCCCCAGCAAAAAGCUCUGUGUACUGGGAAUGGGCCUGCCCCUUGGACUUGGCGAGCUCCAGCUGCUAGCCGACUGGACCCAAGGCAGCAGCCUUGCAAUGCUCACCCCAGGAGCCCGCAACCCUUCACCGUCAGCCACAAACCUGGCUGUGAUGCGAGGGUGCACCACUAACAUGGUGUCCAAAUCGCCACGCCGGGUACAGGAUCCCAGUGAAGUGCUAUGGAGAUUUGCAGAGCGCGUAUGCGAAGGAUCCAUUACGUGGUUGAGACAAGUAGAAAACCCGUCCCGCAUCACUUUGUAUGGCUUCCCAGACAUCUUUGGACCAUUUGUAACUUCAACUGGCCUUAUUUCUUGCCAAGCCAGAGGUGCACAAACUGGUGUUGACCACGUUCCCUCACUGACAUGUCUGCAGAAUGGAUUGGCAGCCAGUGAUGUGGUGUCUGAAGUGGUGCAGCGGGGCAGACAGCUGGACUUGGGACGCUUUCACCGCUGUGUAGUUGCUGGGACUGAACCAGAUUUGUAUCGAGAAGCUCUUCACAGUGUGCAAGAACUGGGGAGCAGCUAAAGAAGACCUCCUGUUUGAGCUUCCUUACUGUGACUGUCAAACAAAAAAGAAAAAGAAAUGGAAGUAGCACUCAAUGCUUGAAUAUAUGCAUCGCAAAAGCACUGAACACCUCAGCGAUUUGCACCUCAACUUCAAGUUGGACACUUAUUGUGAAGUGAUGUGGCUGAAAUGUCGUCAUGCAUGGAGGAGCAGAUUUUACAAGAGGUCAUUGCAUGAAUGUACAGUCUUUAUGAAGAGGUUCAGUGCCACAAAGUGGCAGUGCCAUUUCUGAAACCCUCGAACAUGGAAUAGCGAGCACCACCAUUCCACUUGAUUUCUUUGGUGUUGGAGCAGCUUUGGAGCAGAUUUACGGGAGGUCAAGUAUUAUACCAAGUGGCAGAAUACUUGGCCAUACUUUGAUGCCAUGUUACACAUGUUAUGUAUAAUGUGGCUGUAAAAUUUUGCCGACUGUACUAGCAGCUUGCCAUUGAAAAAAAUUUUACCGAUGCGUUUGCAGCCUCCUAUGCAACGUGUGUGUUAGAUGUAACAAGACGUUAUUAUAUACUUUGCUAUGCCGAGUACUUCAUCCUUGCAGCGUGUAGCAUAGAUAGGGGCGAGGCAGAGAUGAGCCAUACCGACGUUCGCUUGAAGCAAUUUUUAUAAUCGUGCUCUUCGCUCGCUUAUAAAUUGUCUUUAUUAUGUACACUCGCUUAUCAUGGGCCACCACCUAGAAGUGGCCACUAUAAAUGCAUAUGAUCAUAACCCGGAAGCUGUAGAGGGUGUAUAUUUUUUAGACUUUACCCUUAGUGGUGGAAAUGCAGAGCUGUUAUGCAUAUAUCAAUAAUAAUGAGUGGCAAGAUUUUCUUCAUACCUUUGAGAAAGCAGCUCUAUCAAGCAAAUUUUUUUUCAGCUUGAAACUACAUGACAUUUUUUUUCUUACCAAUUAUAAAUGAUACAGUUAGUAGUGAAUUCAACAAUCCAGGCAAGCAAAUAUACUAGUAUAUGAAAUGUGUCUUGCAAAUGCAUGCUGGAAAGUUUUCCACUUGAAAGAUUGAACUUGACUUGAACAAAAACAUUUGAUUUACA